GAGCGGCCGGCCUUGACGUGCGCGCGCCCGCCCGCCUGCACCUCUCCCUGCGUGCGUGUGCGUGAGCGCGCGUGCGGCCUACUCCUCUCCUGCGUGAGGGAGAGAAAGAGAGAGAGAGAGAGCGCGAGCGGCUGAGGGGAGAAGGGAAGGAAACGGGCGAGCAUGAGGCCCAGCGCCGCCCGGCCGUGAGCUCAAGGAAGGAAGGACUGCGUGAGGAGAACGGAGGCCAUUUAGAGCCCCGUCCCGCCGCCUCGCCGCUCGGCCUCUUCUCCACGCCGGCCGCCAUUUUGUGCCGCCUCCUCCUCCUCUUCCUCCUCUCCUCAGAGGCUCCCUUCGCGGCGCCGCUCUCCCGACGGGGCCCGCCUGAGGCCGAGGAGCAAGGGCGGGAGGCGGGCGGGGUGGGCCUGGCGUGGCCCGGAGCGGGGCGUCGCCGGCGGGCCCCAUGGCGAAGAAAACCUACGACCUGCUCUUCAAGCUGCUCCUCAUCGGCGACUCCGGCGUCGGCAAGACCUGCGUCCUCUUCCGCUUCUCCGACGAUGCCUUCAACACCACCUUCAUCUCCACCAUCGGCAUAGACUUCAAGAUCAAAACUGUUGAAUUGCAAGGAAAGAAGAUAAAGCUACAGAUAUGGGACACGGCAGGACAGGAGCGGUUCCACACCAUCACCACCUCCUACUACCGAGGAGCCAUGGGCAUCAUGCUUGUGUAUGACAUCACCAACGCCAAAAGCUUUGAAAACAUCAGCAAGUGGCUCAGAAACAUAGACGAGCAUGCCAACGAAGACGUGGAGAGGAUGCUUCUAGGAAACAAGUGUGACAUGGAUGACAAGAGGGUGGUGCCCAAAGCGAAAGGCGAGCAGAUCGCAAGGGAGCACGGAAUUAGGUUUUUCGAAACUAGCGCAAAAGCAAAUAUAAACAUUGAGAAGGCAUUCCUCACGUUAGCAGAAGACAUUCUCCGAAAGACCCCCGUAAAAGAGCCCAACAGCGAGAACGUGGACAUCAGCAGCGGGGGCGGCGUGACCGGCUGGAAGAGCAAGUGCUGCUGAGGGGCCUCCCUGGCCAAGUGCCCCCUCCUCCUCCUCCUCGACCCCCCCCCCCAUCCUCUGCUCCUCGCUGCGGAAUUAAACCACUUUGCCCAUUUUAACCUUAAAUAUAUAUAUAUUUUUCGGUUGUUGUUCCUCAUCUUAACACGGCCUCCUUUUCCUCCUCCUCCUCCUCCUUUUUCCUCCUCCUUUCCUUCGUUCUUCUCUUAGGGAGAGCUCACUGACUAUAUAACCUUCUCAAAACUGUAUCGGCGGGGGGGAAAAAAAAUCAUGUCUUGACAUUUUGUUUUUUAAUGUACCGGCAUCAAUGAACUCAAAACGCACCCCGUUCCCGGUUGUUUUAUAUAUAUAUAUAUAUAUAUAUAUAUCUCCCAGUCUUAAAACAUUAUGGAGUUUAGAGCGGUCAUUUCAGCUCCGGUUCUGUACCAGAAUAAACAAGAAAUGCGUUAGCGUUAUAUUAUUUUGUACAACCGUGGGGGUUUAUUUUUUCUUUAUUUUUUUUUCUUUUGUUAUGGGUACUGUGCUUAAAAGUCACCAUAUUUGCAUUUGCAGAAAAAAAGGAAGGGAAAAACAAACUAACUAACUAACCGAAAACCACUCAUUCGCCUUGAGUCUGUAAAUGGGGUUUAUUUUGUCCUGUGCCUUAAGUGGAAAGGAACUUUGCUUCUCCCCUUCCCUUCCUUAUCCUCCUUUUGCUCCCUCUGGGACCCCCUUGAUGUAGUGAGUGGGGGUCCCAAGGGCUCGGACGUAUGGACAGAGCCUCCUUUUCCAUUUGGGGCCUGAAACACUGUCCGCGUUUCCGUUUCCCGUCCUUCCCCUUCCCCUUGCAUGCCGGUUUUACUUUCCUUUUUUUAAUGGUGUGACGUGUUCCGAGGUGGCAAUACUGUUUUGCCAAAUUUAAUUCAGAAGCACUGAUCAUGGAUCUAGCUUUUUUUUUCCUUCCUUUUCUCACCUCCGUGAAAGUAUCUACUAACCCUUUUUUUAAAUUUUUGUCUAGCGAACGUUCGGGCCGAUGACUCCCUUCCCCUUCCUUCCCUUCCUUCCCAUAGUUAUUGGGGUUGAUGAUGAUGAUGGUGGUGAUGAUGAUGAUGAUGAUAUGGAAGCGUGAAUUGCAUGCGCACUCGUGUCCUGCGGCGGUGCGUCCCUCGUCCGCCUCGGUGUAGGGUUUUAGGCCACAGCCGGCUCCAUUGAUACGGAUGUGAAGUUUUUUUUCUUUGCUGCUCCAGGCAGGUGACUCGGUAGCCUAGUGGAUAUUUAAAUAUUUUUGGGGGGCGGGUGGGGAUGGGGCGAGCGGCGGCCAGGCCUCCUCCUCCUCUUUCCCCUCCUUCUGUGUUCAGUUCCUUCACAAUAAAAACAAUCCCUUGUUUACAACCGUGGGCAAUUGUAACUUCUUUCCGACUUGCUUUUCGGGUUCUUUGUUCCAGGCAUGCAAACUUCGUCCCCCGUCCGGAUGUUUGGGACUCAUAACUCCCACAAUUCCUCACAGCCUCAGGCCCCUUCCUUCCCCCCCCCCCCAGCCACUUUAAGCUUUCCAUACCACCAAGAAAGUUCUUUAUACUUCCUUCUUUGCUACCAUGCUGAGUAUCUUUCUCGUGCAGAUAAACAGCUUCGCUCUCACAGAGCCUCCUCUCACACCGAACUUGCACAGGAGCUUCACGCAGUAGCUUAAGCGUCUGAGGGUGGAAAGGAAGGGGCUUGAGGCUGUGAGGAAUGGUGGGAGUUGGAGUCCAAAACACCCAGAGGACCGCCCUUGGCAUAAUGCAUUUCCCCCCAUUGCCUUCCUCCUUCCGUCAGGUUCUUUGUUCCAAGGAAGCAGAGAUGCGGCAUGGACCGGAGGAAGCAGCAUUCAAACUUCCGCCCCCGUCCGGGUGUUUGGGACUCUAACUCCCACUAUUCAUUACAGCCUCAGGCCCCUUCCUUUCCCCCCUCAUAGCCACUUAAGCUUACCAUACCAUCAAGAAAGUUAUACUUCCUUCUUUGCUUCCGCGCUGGGCUUCUUUCUCAUGCAGAUAAACAGCUUCGCUCUCACAGAGCCUCCUCUCGCACCAAACUUACAUAGGAGCUUCACACAGUUUUACAGCAGCCUUCACACUGGAGCUUCAGACAUGAGGCAUUCUUAUACUGAGGCCCACCUCACACUCAGGCCUACUAACACUGAGGCCUAUUUCCCCACAGAGAUCUUACUCUGAGGUCCCUCUCACUGACAUUACAAGGCUUCCAUAACACCAGUAAAGUUCUUUAUACUUCCUUCAUUGCUUCCAUGCUGGGCUUCUUUCUCAUGCAGAUAAACAGCUUCGCUUUCACAGAGCCUCCUCUCACACCAAACUUACACAGGAGCUUCACGCAGUAGUUUUACACACAGCAGCCUUCACACUGGAGCUUCACACAUGAGACCUUCUUAUACUGAGGCCCACCUCAUACUCAGCCCUACUAACACUCAGGCCUAUUUCCCCACAGAGAUCUUACACUGAGAUCCCUCUCACUGACGUUACAUGGCUUCCAUAACACCAGUAAAGUUAUUUAUACUUCCUUCUUUACUAACAUGCUGGACUUCUUUCUCAUGCAGAUAAACAGCUUCGCUCUCACAGAGCCUCUUCUCACACCAAACGUACAUAGGAGCUUCACACAGUUUUACAGCAGCCUUCACACUGGAGCUUCAGACAUGAGGCAUUCUUAUACCGAGGCCUACCUCACACUCAGGCCUACUAACACUGAGGCCUAUUUCCCCACAGAGAUCUUACACUGAGGUCCCUCUCACUGACGUUACAAGGCUUCCAUAACACCAGUAAAGUUCUUUAUACUUCCUUCAUUGCUUCCAUGCUGGACUUCUUUCUCAUGCCGAUAAACAGCUUCGCUCUCACAGAGCCUCCUCUCAUACAGAACUUACACAAGAGCUUCACGCAGUAGCUUAAGCAUCAGAGGGGGAAAAGGAUGGGGCUUGAGGGUGUGAGGAAUGGUGGGAGUUGGAGUCCAAAACACCCGGAGGACCGCCCUGGGCAUAAUGCAUUUCCUUCCGUUGCCGAUGCACGGAGAGCAGUGUUGUAUAUAAAAAUGGCUGUCCUCCCUUUUGUUUCCCCCUCAAAUCUGCACUUUCUAAUUAUCACGAAAACAAAAAAAGGGAAUAUGGAGUAUGCAGCAUCUUUUUUUAAAAAAAUAACCUUUGUUUAAACAUAAUGCGCUUCUUUUUUUGAUUUGCUUCUGGGCGCCUGGCCCUCUCUCUUGUAUGAUGACGAGUCUCUCUCUAUCUCUGUCUCUCUCUCUCUACGAAUUCUUUGUAAAAGCUUUCCUCUUCCUGAGGCACCGAGGGGCUGCGGAGGGAGACCCCCAAGCAGCCCGCUCUCUGGUACUACUAGCUGAGAAUUCAUAUUCUACUUAACAAGGUAAAAUAAACUGAAAUAUUUCUA